GGAGAGAAACCCUAUGAAUGUAAAGAAUACAGGAAAGCAUUCAGCUUGCCUAUUUCCUUUCAUAGACGUGAAAAGACUCACACUGGAAGGAAAUCCUAUGAAGGCAAGCAAUGUGGCAAAGCUUUCACUUCCAGUUCUUUUGAAUAUCAUGAACUCACUCUAGGGAGAAAACCCUAUCAAUGUAAGCAAUGUGCGAAAGCCUUUAUUUCUUCCACUUCUUUUCGAUAUCAUGAAAGGACUCACAUGGGAGAGAAACCCUAUGAGUGUAUGCAGUGUAGAAAAGCCUUCAUUUCUUGUAGUUCCCUUCAAUAUCAUGAAAGGACUCACACUGGAGAGAAGCCCUGUGAAUGUAAGCAAUGUGGAAAGCCUUCAGAUCAGCCUCACCUUUAAAUGCAUGGAAGGACUCACACUCAAGAGAAACCCAAUGAAUGUAAGCAGUGUGAGAAAGCAUUCAGACCUGACAAGAUUCUUUGAAUACAGAUAAUGGAUGUAAACAA